GCUGCCCUGAAGGUCCCGGGGCUGGGGAGACGUGGCAACCCGAGCCCUGUGUCACCUGCACCUGCCAGGCAGGGACUGUGCGGUGCCAGGGGCCCUCGUGCCCAGAGCUCAGCUGCCUGGAGAGCUACACCCCACCCGGGGAGUGCUGCCCCGUCUGCCGGCCAGGCUGUGAGUACGAGGGGCAGCUUUACGAGGUGGGGGCCAGCUUCCCGUCCAGCUCCAACCCUUGUCUCCAGUGCUCCUGCCUGAGGAGCCUGGUUCGCUGUGUGCCCAUGAAGUGCCCGGCCAGCCCCUGCCCUGAGCCAGUCCUGAGGCCUGGCCACUGCUGCCCGGCCUGCCCAG